GUUAUCAAUUGACAAAAUGCAGGGACUGCGCUUGGUCACGGGCGUAGCUAUCGUUCUAAUUGCUGCUCUAGCAAUCCGAGGUUCUGCAAAUCUUAGAAAACCAAUCGUGGAUGACACCGAGUUAUUCUUAAACUUUCUGAGAAACGAUGUUCUACCGGAACGCUAUCGCGGACCGGAGUACUUCAAGAAAAUUGGUAAAACAAUUAAAGUGCAAGCAUUUAGCUUCAAGAACUGUGGUGGAGAUUUUGCAGGGCUGACAAAACUUCAAGUAAUUCCCGACCCCCUGAAGCUGCCGGGAAACAUCAACGUAUCAGCUGUGGGAUACAUCAAGGAAGCUCUUGAUUCUCCAUUACAGGCAUCACUCUUGAUCCAUAAAAAGGCAGCUGGCAUUUGGGUCAAAAUACCGUGUAUUGGCGACUUUGGUUCUUGUGAUUAUGAUGAUUUCUGUCAAAUCCUUGAUAUGGCACCGGACUGUCCCCAACCAAUCAAAACAUCAGGACUUGGUUGUCAGUGUCCAUUUAAACAGGGUAACUACAGCAUUCCCAACAUCAAUAUGUAUGGAUCGUUUGGAUUUCCAACAGGAGACUACAACCUAACGGGCACUCUACAUUACCAGGGGAAAUACGUAGCAUGUCUUGAGGUCAUACUGACCAUUGCCUCAUAAAGCGCUGUUUUUUGAAAUGAUAGACUCAUAAGAGUUUAGCAUACAUUUUACUGAUAAUUUACCAUCUAUUCCAUGAGUAAAAAAAAAAAGAAAUAAAAAUUUCAAAACUCAGAA